GGCUGGUGGUAGCGGGAUACGUUUCGACCCUUGACUUCCCCUCGACAACCGGAUCCCUCUCCGUUCCAGCGAUCAAGCCCUCGACCUCGCCCAUCCUGCGGUUGCCGGCGGCGGUGGAUUGGCGCCGCCGGUACUGGCUACGCCGUUCCUCAUGGGGUCUUCCGUCUCUCUGCUCGCCGUCUCCGCCACCCUCCUCAUCGGCGCCGGAUGUUUCGCCUUAGGUUACCUCCUUGCCUCCGCCUCGCCGCCCUCUCCCGGCGGCGACCACAACAAAAGGAGGAAGACGGCCGGACUCCGCUUCCUCUCCUGGGCCCAGACCGUUGUCUCCAAGGCCAGCGCGACCGCCGUGGCCGCCGCCGCCGCCGCCGAGACAGGGGACACGGAGAGGACCAGGCAGAAGAAGCCCGCCCUCCUUGAGAUUGAGAACCUGGCCGAUAUUCUCGAAGACUUCAAAAUGGUUCUGGUUGUUAGGAAUGAUUUAAAGAUGGGAAAAGGGAAGAUUGCUGCGCAAUGCAGUCAUGCCACUUUAGGUUUGUACAAGAAGCUUCUUCAUAGGGCACCCAAAUCAUUGAGCAGGUGGGAAAUGUGCGGGCAGGUUAAAGUGGCUCUGAAAAUUGAAAGCGAGGAAGAUCUGCUUGUUUUACAAGAAAGAGCAAAGUCACUAAAGCUACCAACCCAUGUUACUAUUGAUGCAGGGAGAACACAAAUUGCACCAAAUUCAAGGACAGUAAUGGCUAUUCUUGGACCUGCUGAUGUGGUUGAUGAUGUGACGGGUGGCUUGAAGCUUUUGUAGUGUUGUAUUAUCGAGUCAGCAAUCCAGAUAGUCAUCUUGCUGAGGAAGCUGAAUGAAAAUCCUGAUUUCCAUUGUUCCUGGCUGCUCAGAAAAGCAGGCAGAAUGCACACUCUGUUCAAGAGCAGAAAGCCUUGGUUUCCGCUACCCUCACAAGAUGUAGUUGGCCGUGUUAAAUCCCUCAGCUCCAUUCAGCCCCUAUUGAUUAGCUGUGCAUUUCAUUAAAGGAUUUUUGAUUUGGACUUGUUUAUUUUCAGCAGCUAAUUAAACUUUUUAAAUGUGGAUGCCACAUCAGGCACUGGUUUGUUUUUGUAGAUCUUCUACAUGCAAGGCAUGCAGUGAGCUGUGGUUAGCCCCAUGGCUCUCUAGGAAAGAGACUUGGUAUAAUCCCUACUCUGUAACCCCAUAAUGAAAUGGCUUUACAUUUAUUCGAGGAUCAUAA